AUGGAUGAAGAUGAGAAAGACAGGGCAAAGAGGGCUUCGCGUAACAAGUCUGAGAAGAAGAGGCGCGAUCAGUUCAAUGUUCUCAUCAAAGAGCUCAGCUCCAUGCUUCCAGGCAACACUCGCAAAAUGGACAAAACUACUGUGCUGGAAAAAGUCAUUGGUUUUCUGCAGAAACACAAUGAAGUCUCGGCACAGACGGAGAUUUCUGAAAUUCAAUUUCUCAGCAACGAAGAAUUCACCCAGCUGAUGUUGGAGGCGUUAGAUGGCUUCAUUAUAGCAGUAACCACAGGUGGAAGCAUCAUCUACGUGUCUGACAGCAUCACACCUCUUCUAGGGCAUUUACCGUGUGAUGUCUUGGAUCAGAAUUUGUUAAAUUUCCUCCCAGAACAAGAACAUUCAGAAAUUUAUAAGAUGUUAUCUUCGUGUAUGCUUAUGACAGAUUCUGCCUCAUCGGAUUACCUAAAGACUGACAAUGAACUAGAGUUUUAUUGUCAUCUUCUGAGAGGAAGUUUGAACCCAAAGGAAUUUCCAACAUAUGAAUACAUAAAAUUUGUAGGAAAUUUUCGGUCUUACAGCAAUGUGCCUAACUCCAGUUGCAAUGGCUUUGACGAGGCUGUCCCAAGGCCUUACAGAACGUCCCCGGGAAAGCAGAUCUGCUUCGUUGCGACUGUUCGCUUGGCAACGCCUCAGUUUUUAAAGGAGAUGUGCAUUGUGGAAGAACCUUUAGAAGAAUUCACAUCAAGACACAGUCUGGAGUGGAAAUUUUUAUUCCUGGAUCACAGAGCACCGCCGAUUAUAGGAUACCUGCCUUUUGAAGUGCUGGGUACUUCUGGCUACGACUAUUACCAUAUAGAUGACCUAGAGCUGCUAGCAAGGUGCCACGAACACUUGAUGCAGUUUGGCAAGGGGAAGUCGUGCUGCUAUCGGUUUCUGACCAAAGGACAGCAGUGGAUCUGGCUCCAGACCCAUUACUAUAUCACCUACCACCAGUGGAACUCCAAGCCAGAGUUCAUUGUGUGCACACACAUGGUGGUAAGUUAUGCAGAUGUUCGGGUGGAAAGGAGACAGGAGAUGGGCUUGGAAGAAGUGUCCUCAGAGGUUGUGUCCUCAGCACUAAAGGACAGUGGCGCCAGCUUGGAUCCUGAACAGCACUUUAAUGCACUUGAUAUUGGUGCCUCAAUCCUCAGCGCUAGUCGGACACCCUCAGUAUCAUCCAGGAGCUCACCAAAAUCUUCCCACACACCCAAGUCAGACCCAGCAUCUACACCAACAAAGCUGGUUGCAGAGUCUAACACUCCCUUGCCAAGAACACCGAGCGUGCAGCAGGAUUUAUCCGUGCAUAGACUCAGUCAACCUACUGCUCUUCAGGUUUCUUUGUCUUCUCAGCCUUCAUGUGAGCUUCUACCACAGCAGUUGCUGCCUCAAGCAAGUCCGCAAAAUCAGCCUGCACCUCUGGCACAGUUCUCGGCACAGUUCAGCAUGUUCCAGACCAUCAAGGACCAGCUAGAGCAGCGGACCCGGAUCCUGCAGGCCAACAUCCGGUGGCAGCAGGAGGAGCUCCAGAAGAUACAGGAGCAGCUCUGCCUGGUCCAGGACUCCAGCGUACAGAUGUUCCUACAGCAGCCGACGGUGUCCCUGAGCUUUAGCAAUCCUCAGCAGUCAGAGCCGCAACAGCUACAGCAGAGGUCAGGGGCCAUUUCUCAGCAGCAGCUCGUCCCCAGUCCUCAACUUCAAGGGCAAAUUGCAUCUUCGCAAACAGCGAACCAGCAAGCACUGAGAGAAGCAAGCGUGAUAUCGAGCCAGCGUCGCUUUUUCUCUCCCCCCUGUGCCAGGCUGCUGCUCAGCCAGCCCAUCCAGCCCAUGACGCCCGGGUCCUGCAACGCACGACACCCGUCCGACCUCCGCCUGGCGGGACCCCCGGCCAAGUAUGCUCAAACCCAACAAAUGUUUCAAAGUUUGGAGGUGCAGACUUCCAGCGUGGGCUCUCCAAUCGUACUGAUGGGACAAGCAGUGUUACACCAAGGGUUCGCCACGACGCCUCCUUCCCAGCCAUCCUCUCUGCCACCUAUGCAACUCCAGCACCAACAGCAUCAGCAACAACGCUACCUGCAGGUGCAAACACCAAGUUCUUUGCACAACGAGCAGCCCGAUUCUUUGCUCCUGCCGUCUUACUCGCCACAGCAAGGAAAUAUGGGGUAUCAUCAGACACAGCAGCAGCAGCAGCAACAACUAACGUCAAGAAGAAGCAAUAGCUUAUCAGAAUCAUCCAAUUUACCACAGCCACUGCGAUAA